CCAGCCGCGCCGCCGCGCCGGGCCCGCCGCCGCCACCGCCGCCACCGCCGCCGGCGCGGGAUCGCGGCCCCUCCCCCGCCCGCCGGCCCCUCGGGCCCGCGGGGCAGCGGACGCGCGUGGCGGCUGCUCGGUGGGACCGUCGGUGGAGCCGGCUCCAGGAUGCCCCGGGGGUGUGGAUGACCAGCUGCCCAGCCCGGAUGCCGCCGCCCCGCGAGGGCCGCUCCCCGAGGGCCGCCGGUGGCCCCGCGCCCUAGCCUCCUGACCCGGGGACCCCGCGCGCCCCGCCCCGCCCCGGCCGCCCAGGGGAGCGGGAGCCACGGGAAGGAGCCUCCCGAGCCCGCCGAGCGAGCGGCCACGGCGCAGGGACCCGGGGGCAGGGGCUCGGCGCCGGCCGCCAACAUUUUCCCCCAGCGGCUCGGCAAAAUGACCAGCCUGUUCCGCCGGAGCAGCAGCGGCGGCGGGGGCGGCGGCUCCGCCGGGGCGCGCGGGGCCGGGGCCGGGGGCGGCGCUCCCGCCUCGCAGGAGCUCAACAACAGCCGGCCCGCCCGCCAGGUGCGCCGCCUCGAGUUCAACCAGGCCAUGGACGACUUCAAGACCAUGUUCCCCAACAUGGAUUACGACAUCAUCGAGUGCGUGCUGCGCGCCAACAGCGGCGCCGUGGACGCCACCAUCGACCAGCUGCUGCAGAUGAACCUGGAGGGCGGUGGCGGCAGCGUCUACGAGGACAGCUCCGACUCGGAGGACAGCAUCCCCCCGGAGAUCUUGGAGAGGACUUUGGAACCUGAUAGCUCCGAUGAAGAACCCCCGCCUGUAUACUCCCCGCCAGCCUACCACAUGCACAUGUUCGACAGGCCUUACCCGCUGGCUCCCCCCACCCCACCUCCCCGCAUCGACGUGCUGAGCUCCGGACCUGCUUCGAGCCAGAGGCGCUAUCGUAACUGGAACCCACCACUGCUGGGCAACCUCCCGGAUGACUUUCUCCGCAUCCUGCCCCAGCAGUUGGACAGCAUUCAGGGUAACACUGGGGGCUCCAAGCCCACGAGCGGAGAGAGAGGCCUGCCCCCCGUGGCUGGGCCCGGGUCCCGGGACCAGGAGAACCGCUGGAAGCAGUACCUGGAGGACGAGAGGAUCGCGCUCUUCCUGCAGAACGAGGAGUUCAUGAAGGAGCUGCAGCGCAACCGGGACUUCCUCCUGGCCCUGGAGAGAGAUCGCUUGAAAUACGAGUCCCAGAAAUCCAAAUCCAACAGCAGCAGCAGCAGCAACAGCGCGGCUGUGGGAAAUGACUUUGGCUUUCCCUCUCCUGCCCCAGGAACCGGUGACGCCAAUCCUGCUGUGUCUGAAGAUGCCUUAUUCAGGGACAAGUUAAAACACAUGGGAAAAUCCACCCGGAGGAAGCUGUUUGAGCUGGCCAGGGCCUUCUCCGAGAAGACCAGGAUGAGGAAGUCAAAGAGGAAACACUUGUCCAAGCACCAGUCGCUGGGAGCUGCGGUGUCAACGGCCAAUCUGCUGGACGACGUGGAGGGUCACACUUGUGAUGAAGACUUCCGGGGAAGGCGUCAGGAGGCACCCAAGAUGGAGGAAGCCCUACGGGAAGGACAGUAAGAGAUGCCAGCAGUUCCUCCUCACCGGACAAGAUCAGACCUGGCAGAGGCGGCUGGAGAGCCAAACCGGCCCCCAGCUGAAGGGCCCAGCUGCAGCCGGACAGAUGGUGCUUGAGUACUGAGGCCUCGUGAUUCUCCGGCCCCAGUCCAGCCCAGCCACUGCCACUGCCACUGCCACUUUCACGGGACUUAGAACUUUGGAGUUUUGUGCUGUGAUUGGAGGAAGGACCUGGGGCCCCUAGGGGCAGCAGCCAAUCAUGGCCCCUUUUGUAGCCAGGCUGUUCUAUGGGCAAUGAGCAGAAAUGCAGGAACCACCAUCAACUUGACCCCCCCCCCCCACCUUGUUUAAAAAAAUCCCGGAAAAUAGGCAAAGGUUGGGGUGCCCAAGAGGGCAGGAUGGUGAAGCCCUGAAGGCAGAGCCCCUGUUUCUCUCCUUUCCCCAUCUCUCCUUCUGGGCAGCAGACACUGCCCGACAACCCCCACCCCCCCCAUCCCCAUCCUCAGCUCCCUCCUGGGCACCUUGGGCCCUUGAUUCCCAUGAUUUCCUGCAUCCCAGCCGUUUCCCCAGGGCUGCUGACACUUGGUACCAUCACUGCACAGAGCCGUGGGUAGGAGAGCCCUGGGCAGUCACUCAGGCUCCCUCUGAGUAGUUACUGGCCACCGCAGAGAGGUAUCUACUGACCGCCCCUCCGGCUGCCUCUGGGGUUUGCAUGGGCCCCCAGCAGGGACGGGGAGGGUGGCCCCCAGGGAGCUGGAGGACUCUUGCCAGGCAGGAGGAUUCUUUACUGUGGCAGGAGACAAAAACCAAUUCUGGAUGGGAACUGGGGAGGCGGGGAGGGGGGGGCGCAGUUCACGGGUGGGGUAGGGGCCCUGAGCAGAAGUCCUGCUGUCACUAAGGGUGAGCAGCAGCAGGUUCUGAAGUGAUCCUUGAGAAAGUGCAGGACUGAGGAGCGUGGGGGAUGAGGCUGCCAGCCUGGGUGGGGGCAGGGCGCCUGGGGCAGAAGGGCUUGCUGGGCGUCUCUUGCCUAGAACAAGAAGGUGAAUGAUCCGAGGAGGCACACUCCGGUUCUACGAGCCUUACCGGGCACCGACCACUGCCAGUGGGAGGGUGGCUGGCCCGGUCUCUCCGGCCAGACUUCGAGACGGGAACGCGCUGACCUCUCCAGAGAACCCGGGAGCCUGGGCAGGCACGAGGCGUCGCGGCCCCCGCAGUGGAAAACCAGCCCAGCCCAACCGCGCGGGGUGGGGAGGUUGGAAGUGGGAGCCAAGCCUCGGCGGGGCCCUGGUGGCCGCAAGUCGCCCCUAGAUAGUGAGGACUUGGCGGGCGCGAUCGCACCUCCUUCCGCCGAGGCCGGGCGCACUCGGUGGCCCAGCUUUCCCGGCGCGCUCCGAAGAGGCGGCCCCCGGAGGACGUGGGGGUGGGGACCGGGACGCGCAGCGCCGCCGCGGAGCCCGACAAGUUUGGCACCCGCGCGGGGCCUAGGGCGCUGGCGCGGGGCCGCCCGCCCUCUGCUGCUCCCUGCGACCCGCCUGUGGCCCCCGAGGAGCCCCUGGGCCGCCAGCCCGAGCUCCGAACAGCCUGGGCCCGGGGGGCAGAGGAGGGGCCUCUGGGCUGUGGCCGUGACCCUCCCGGCGCAUGGCGGGGAAGCCCCAGCCCCACGUCUGUGUGUGUUGCUUUGUUAGUUGUUUUUUCUCCUAUGUGUGGGUUUUUUCUUGGAGCUGUUUCAUAGGAAUUCCUGUAAUAAAGACUUGGUGUUCUCUUGGU